AUGCAUGAAACUUUGGGUCAGGUCAUUUGGAUCGCUGUUAAACCUAUCAUCAAGAUCUACUUGAUUAUUGGUGUUGGUUUCGGUCUAUGUAAAAUGGGUAUCUUAACAGCAGAUGCCACUAGAAGUAUUUCGGAUAUCGUCCUUACUGUGUUACUACCUUCUCUGUCAUUUAACAAGAUUGUUGGUAAUAUUGAAGAUCAAGAUAUUAAAUUCGUCGGUAUUAUUUGUUUAACUUCAAUUCUAAUUUUUGCUACAGGUUUAGGAUGUGCUUAUAUCAUCAAGAAAACUUUACCAGUUCCAAAAGCUUGGGGUGGUGGUAUCUUAGCAGGUGGUAUGUUCCCAAAUAUUAGUGAUUUACCGAUCGCUUAUUUACAAACUUUGGAUCAAAGUGGUAUGUUUACUACAGAAGAAGGUAAUAAAGGUGUUGCUAAUGUUAUUAUCUUCCUGGCAAUGUUCUUAUUCUGUGUCUUUAAUCUAGGUGGGUUCCGUCUUAUUGAAAAUGAUUUCAAUUAUAAAGAUGAAGAGAGUGGUGUUAGAGAUAGCGAAAGAUCAUCGAUAGCCUCUCCAUUGGCUUCCAUCCCUGAAGAAGGUGAAUUUCAAGCCAGUAAUAAUAAUGAUAUGUCUUCAAGUUCUUCUUCUUUGAGUGGGAAAUCUCACUCUGUAGUAAAUGGCGAAAAAAAUGGUUUCAACAGUAGUUCUGAGACACCAUCUGAACUUAAUCACGAUCAAGAAAAAAAUAUGGUAACUAAAUUGGGUGCAGGUAAUUCCUCAUCUUCAUUUAAUCAAAAUUUGGAAAAUUCAACUACUGAAGAUCUUGGUGAUAUGCCAAUGGCCUCAGGUAACAAUAACGAUUUACAAUCUGUUCAAUCAUCUAUUGCCACAUCUGUUGACUCUCAUGGAUCAGCUGGCGAUUAUAACCGUGAAUUAGGUAUCCCUGCUGCUAGACGUACUAUGAGUCAACCGGUCGCUUUCACCGAAGAAGAUAAUGGUUCUUUAGGCAGACGUCAAACUUACAGUCAAUACAGUUUGAACUCUGAACUGGCUUUGACUCCGGUUCGUUCUUUGGAUAAACGUGAUUUUCCAGCUGAAGAUAUGAAUGAUAUCGUUAGAGAAUAUUCUAAUGUUGAUCAAUACGGUCAAAGAAGAGCCUCCGUCGUUGCUUUACAAAAUGAAGAUCCUUCUAACGAUCAAGCUUCUCACACAUCAAGUCUACAAAGAAUUAAAUCCUCAAAUUUGACAAAGAUUUUAACAUCUGAUGCUACCGUUAGUAAGAAAGAUAUUGAAGAAUCUGGUAGUUCGUUACCAAAGUGCAUCCAAAAGUUCCCAUUGACUCCAUUCAUCGUCUUCUUCUUAAAGAAUUGUUUGAGACCUUGUUCCAUGGCUGUCAUUGUUGCUCUAACAAUCGCUUUCAUUCCAUGGGUUAAGGCUUUGUUUGUUACAUCUAAUAACACCCCACAUAUUAAACAAGCUCCAGAUGAGCAACCAGCUUUAAGUUUUUUCAUGGAUUUCACAAGUUACGUCGGUGCCGCCUCUGUUCCUUUCGGUUUAAUCUUGUUAGGUGCGACUCUAGGUAGAUUAAAGAUUCAGAAAUUAUAUCCAGGUUUCUGGAAAUCUGCCGUCUUAUUGGUGUUCCUAAAGCAAUGUAUUAUGCCUAUUUUUGGUGUCUUAUGGGCCGAUCGUCUAGUUAAAGCAGGUUGGUUAGACAGAGAAAAGGAUGAAAUGUUACUGUUUGUUAUGACUAUCAAUUGGGCCCUACCAACAAUGACUACUUUGAUUUAUUUCACAGCAAGUUAUACCCCUCUUGAUUGUGAGGAUCCAAUUCAAAUGGAAUGUACUGCUUUCUUCCUUAUGUUACAAUAUCCAUUGUUGGUAAUCAGUCUUCCAUUCGUUGUCACUUAUUACUUGAAGGUCUACUUGAAGAAGUAA